ACACACACACACUCACUUCCCGCCCCCUGACCCCGAGCCGCGGUGGUCGCCUGCGCGGCGGGCAGACUUUGCCCCGUCGCCGGCGCAGGCAGGGAGCGGACGAUGUUCGCGGCGGCUCCCGCGAUGCAGGACAUCUCAUCCCGCCUCGGCGGCGGCUUCUCACCUCCUCGGCUCACCCCGCCACUGGCGGCCCUGCACGGCAUGGCGGCUGACGUGCAAACCCCACCGCCCCGGCCGCGGUCUCGGUGCCAGUCGCAGUCCCAGUGCCAGUCCCAGUACCCGGCCUACCCGCUGCCGUCUGCCGGGGCACCCGCCGCCGCUUCAUCGUGCGCGUCCCCGACCACCACCUCGCCCAACCCGGGCGGCAUGGCGGCAGCGGCGGCGGCGGCGUCGCCGGGCCUCAAGUCUUCCAGCCUGGGCUCGCCGCAGCUGUGCUCGUCGGCGACGCCCCACGGCAUCAACGACAUCCUCAACCGGCCCCGCGCGGCCCCUGCCUCGGCUUCGAUGGGGGUCCUGAGCGCCCUGCAGCCGCGCUUCGACACCCUCAGCCCACCACCGCCGCUGCCCUCGGCCGGACUCUAUUUCUCGCCGGCGGCCGCCGCCGCCGCCGCCGCCAUGGUCCGUUACCCCAAGCCGCUACAAAGCGAGCUGCCCGGUAGGACCCCCAUCUUCUGGCCGGGGGUCAUGCAGGGGACGACCUGGAGGGACGCGCGCUUCGCGUCAUGCUCGCCCCAGCACAGCUGCGUUCUGGUGGAAGGCAAGGACGGCAAGCGCAAACACACGCGACCAACUUUCUCCGGACAGCAAAUUUUCGCUCUGGAAAAAACUUUUGAACAAACCAAAUAUUUGGCGGGACCAGAACGAGCGCGACUCGCUUUUUCUCUGGGGAUGACCGAGAGCCAGGUCAAGGUGUGGUUCCAGAACCGUCGCACGAAAUGGCGGAAGAAGCACGCGGCCGAGAUGGCCUCCGCCAAGCAGAAGCAGGACUCGCAGACGGAAAGGUUAAAGGUCAGCACGGACAUGGAAGACGACGACGAUGACGACGACGACGACUACGACAAACCCUUGGACCCUGACCACACCCCCCACCACGAACCUCCCCACCUCAACGGCCUCCUCCACGAGCACGCGCUCGUCGUCGUGCACACACCCGAACCAGGCGGCUCAUCCUCUUAAGAAAAAAGAGAAAAAAAAAAGACUUUUUCCAUUUGGUUUGACUUGUAAAUACGGUUGGGACUGUACAUAGAAACACACACGUGCUUUAUUAUUCUUAUUAUUAUUAUUGUUGUUAUUAUUGUUGUUAUUAUCAUUGUUGCGACGAUGAUGCAACAUGUUUUGACGAUGAGUACAAACACGUGAACGCAACACGUCAUUCAAUUUAAUUUAAUUCAUGUAACGUCAGCACUUUCACUCAAUAAACAGUCUUUACUACUAUUAGUGUUAUUAGAUAUGAUGAGCGUUAUUCUUGCGCAGAAAAAAAUAUGAUUCUAAAAAUAUUUCCUCAUUGGGCCCAUAAUUCCAUUGCUGAUUAUAAUGAGCACCGAAUGUUUUUAGAACGGAUUAGACUAUUAGUAAUCACGAAAUAAGGUUAUUUAGGGCUAAACUGCACCGAAUAUUUUUACAACGGAUUAGACUAUUAGUAAUCAUGAAAUAAGGUUAUUUAGGGCUAAACUGCGCCGUGUCACGUUAAUAAGACAACUCUGCUGAUUUAAUUUCGAUAUGUAACGGAUAUGUGAAUAAGGAUAAAAAUAGCUUAAUACUUCUGACCAUCAUUCUAAUGAUGGAAAGUUUGGAGUGUUGUGACGCUCUAGUGACGUGACGUGACGUGACGUGACGAGGCCACGGCCAUGGAAAGCAAAGUAGAGCGUCUUCAAACAAUUGGAAUUGGAAUUGGGUUCGAGGUGACGUCACCGGCACCUCCGAUUUUCUUUGGCUCGCGAAUGACGACGCGUCGCCAUGCAUGCAUCAAUUGGAUCUCGUAGCGUUUCUCCAAACUAAUGUAAGACGGAGAUUUUCCUGUUUGCAUUCCAAAAGAAAUGCCCAAUUGUCAUCCAAAAAUGGUACGACAUCGAAUGCGCACAUUUGUAAAGUUUAAAAGCAUGAAUUAAGUCAUUCGAGACUAAAACACG